AUGUUAAAGAACAUUAAUAAACCAGUUAUAUUUUUCAAUGUGCUAACAGGUCUUGCAUUUAUUUACUUAUUAAAAAAUUAUAAUGAAAAUACAAAACAUAUAUUAAACAAAUUAUAUUCCUUGAAAAAUUGGAUAGUACAAUAUUCCUGUAGUUUUUUGAAAAGGUAUGAGAGCAUACAGCUCCCUAUAAUAGACAAAGAUAUUAUAGUAGAUUUAUCAAAUGAGGAAUUAGAACAAAAAUUUGUACAAACAUGUAACGCUGUAAAAAUGUAUAGAACUAAAUUAAAAACAGAAGAAUGGUUACAUUUAUAUGGAUUAUUUAAGCAGGCAACAAUUGGUAAUAUGAUAUUACGAAAUGAAGAAGAAAGUACAAAAAGUAAUGACACAUCAUCAAAAAAUUAUGACACAUCAUCAAAAAAUUAUGACACAUCAUCAAAAAAUUAUGACACGUCAUCAAAAAAUUAUGACACAUCAUCAGAAAAUUAUGACACGUCAUCAAAAAAUUAUGACACGUCAUCAAAAAAUUAUGACACGUCAUCAAAAAAUUAUGACACAUCAUCAAAUAAUAAUGACACAUCAUCAUAUAAUAAUAUAGAAAAUAUAUCAAAUAUAGAUGGGAAAAAAAAAAAAAAAAAUAAAAAUAAAAAUAACAAAAACACAAACAAUAAUAAUAACAAUAAUAAUAACAAUAAUAAUAACAAAAACAAUAACAAUAAUAAUAACAUGGAAUUUAUUGAAAUACAAAAAAGAAAAGCUUGGAAAAAUUGUUAUAAUGUAAAUAAAAAUACAUGUAAAUAUUUAUAUGUACAAUAUUUUAAUAAAUUAUUUCCAGACGCUUUAGAGAAAUUAAAUAAUGAUGACAAUAUGAAAUUUUCCAAAACAGUAAGUAAAAUGAAACCUUUCAAAGAACAAAAUAAAAAACAUUUAGAAAAUGAGAAUAAUGAUGAUGAUAAUAAUAUAUGUGAUAUUUUAUGUCAACAUGUUGUUAUGGGUGAUCUUGCAAGUAUAAAAAAAAAUUUAAAACAUAAUCCUUCAUUAAUUAAUAAAAAAAAUUCCAGUGGGUUAACACCGUUACAUUAUGCAUGUGAUAGAGGAUAUAUAGAUAUAGUAAAAUAUUUAGUACAUCAAGGUGCAAAUAUUAAUGUCGAAGAUUCUUAUGGUGACACACCUUUACAUAUGGCAGCAUACUCAGAAAAACUAAAUGUUGUAGACUUUUUAAAAUCAGUAGGUGCAGAUAUUAAUAAGACCAAUUCUGAAGGUUUGACCAUUGAUUGGAUUUUAAGUCAAAAUUGA